CGCCCUCCUUGGCGCAUGCUCAGUGGCCGCCUCGCGCCGCUCAUCCGGAGAGAGGGGAAGGAGGCUGUCAAGAGUGGAGGCGGGCGGGCGGCUCUCCUUCCCUUCAUGGAGCGGAGGGGCCGAGCGCAGGGCGACCUCCCGCCCCGAGCCUCCAAGGGGCCCGUGCUGCAUAUCGCCGUGGUCGGCUUCCACCACAAGAAGGGCUGCCAGGUUGAAUUCUCCUAUCCGCCACUCAUCCCAGGAGAAAGCCAUGACAGUCACAGUUUGCCAGAAGAAUGGAAGUACCUGCCUUUCCUUGCAUUGCCAGAUGGUGCUCACAACUAUCAAGAAGACACUGUGUUUUUCCAUUUGCCACCAAGAAGUGGAGAUCGGAGCACAGUAUAUGGUGUCUCAUGUUAUAGACAAAUUGAAGCUAAGGCACUGAAAGUACGGCAAGCAGAUAUUACCCGAGAAACAGUACAGAAAAGUGUUUGUGUUCUGUGUCAGCUGCCUCUAUAUGGGCUUCUCCAGGCUAAACUACAACUCAUUACACAUGCCUAUUUUGAAGAAAAGGACUUCUCGCAAAUUUCAAUUCUUAAGGAACUUUAUGAACAUAUGAACAGCUCACUGGGAGGAAGCUCAUUAGAAGGAUCACAGGUUUAUCUUGGUCUAUCUCCACGAGAUCUUGUCCUCCAAUUUAGACACAAGGUCUUGAUUCUUUUUAAGCUGAUUCUUCUAGAGAAAAAGGUUCUAUUUUAUAUUUCUCCAGUGAACAGGCUUGUGGGAGCCCUCAUGACUGUCUUAUCCCUCUUUCCUGGUAUGAUAGAACAUGGUCUUACUGACUGUUCACAGUACCGGCCAAGAAAGAGCGUAACAGAGGAUGUUGGUCAGCAGGACUUUCCCCCUCUGGAUUAUUACGUUUCCAUGUCUUCUGUGGCACUUUCAAAUACAAAUCUUGGGAAGACAGGGGAACAGCAGACAUUGUCUGGAAACCAAGAGGAUGAACCUUUAUUCCAGGCUGAGGACCACCUUCAUGAAACUCAGGCCUCCAAGGACACUGAGCAGCAUUUGAAGCCUCCAUCUCGUACUUCUCCAGAAUCCUCUGAAAGUGACUGGGAGACCUUAGACCCUAGUGUUCUAGAGGAUCCCAAUUUGAAAGAAGAGGAACAUGAAAUCCCUGCAGUGGCAGGGCAGACUGAAAUCCUCCCAAAGGAAUCUGCAAUCUCUGAAAGCAUUCCAAUUACUGUGCAACCUCAACCUAACGCAGGUCAUGCAGUACUUGUUCCUGGACUUAUAUCCGGUUUGGAAGAGGACCAGUAUGGCAUGCCAUUAGCUGUCUUCACCAAGGGUUACCUUUGUUUGCCCUAUAUGGCACUGCAGCAGCACCAUCUCCUCUCUGAUGUAAGCAUUCGAGGCUUUGUGGCAGGAGCCACCAACAUCCUCUUCCGUCAACAGAAGCAUCUAAGUGAUGCUAUUGUAGAGAUUGAGGAAGCUCUUGUCCAGGUACAUGAUCCAGAGCUCAGAAAGAUUUUGAAUCCUACAACAGCUGACCUGAGGUUUGCAGACUUCUUAGUGAAGCAUGUAACUGACAACAGGGACGAUGUGUUCCUAGAUGGCACUGGCUGGGAAGGAGGAGAUGAGUGGAUCCGAGCCCAGUUUGGUUCAUAUCUCCAUGCCCUGCUUGCUGCUACUCUACAGCCAGAUAGCGAAAAAAUAUUGUCAGAUUUUGGAACAACUUUUGUAGCAGCUUGGAAGAACACCCACAAUUACCGAGUAUGGAACAGCAAUAAACACCCAGCUCUUGCAGAGGUCAACCCUUGUCACCCAUUCCAAGGCCAAUACUCUGUUUCAGAUGUAAAAUUAAGAUUAUCACAUUCAGUUCAGAAUAGUGAACGGGGUAAGAAGAUUGGAAAUGCUGUGGUCAGUACCAGUCGGAAUGUUGUACAGACAGGAAGAGCUGUAGGUCAGUCAGUUGGAGGAGCCCUCACAAGUGCAAAAUCAGCCAUGUCCUCAUGGUUUUCUACUUUCACCCAGUCAACACACAGCCUUGGAGAGUAAGUGUUCGGCAGGAAAUCAAAUCCAUGCGUAUAUUUUAAGGAACCAAGAGGAUUUGCUUUUAAAAUGCACAAGAAUGUAGGCAGCAUGAAGAUGACGAUGAUCUUGGAACCUGUAUCGCAGGAUGUCACUUUGCGUUUUGCAUUCAUGCCUAUUUGUGUUUUAAACCCAAGCCCUGCUGUAGGAGAGGCUUUAUUUUCCAAUGUAUGCUGUUCUCUGAGUGGUGGUGAUAUAUGUAUAUUUUGCUGUAUUUUAAGUCCAAUUGUCUAGACUUUUAAAAAAUGGAGCAGAAUCGAGCUGAGUCAGACUUCUGCUUGAAAGAGAAUAUUCCGCUAAGAAGCUCAUGCUUUACCAUGUAUAAAUGCAUGUACACGCACGAACACACACACACCUCAAUUCUAUAUGCGGAAACGAGUACCUUUUCAUUUCAGUGGAGCAUAUUUCCACAAACGUAUGCAGCAAAGUGUAGCCUAACUCUGCAUUUCUAAGCCACUUGAAAAUAUAAUGAAGUGAAACAGAUGAAAUUUAAAUGAGCCAAAUUAAGAUCCCAGGUCCAGUACUUUAAACAUCCACAAGAAAGCUGACAGAACCACCCUGAUUAUUUUGUAUCUGCUUGUAAUUGUAUUUAAGUUUUAUUAAUUAAUUAAGUUAUAAAAAGCAGAGGAUUUAAAAACUAAGUGAAAACUAUAGCUUCAUCAUAACUUAUACAGCCUAUUUCAAACUUGAAAGAGUUGUCUGGGAAUCUUCUCAGAAAAACUGCUUGCUCAGUCCAUACAGGCUCCCUUUUUCAUAAUAUUCAUGUAAACUUUUUUCGUGUGGUCUUUUUCCUGUCAGUGAGAGACACUGUGAUUUCAUGUUCCCUCUUGAUUGACCAAUAUUCUUGCAAGUGUUAGGGGGCUUUCACCUAUAAGCAAAUACCUACCUCUUAGGCACGAUUUGACUCUUAAGAUAAAGAGUCAGUGGUGCAUCUUUUUUGAUCCUAGCUGCUAUAUAUAUAUUUUUAGUUUGACACAUGGGUUCACAUACCUGAGAAAUAAUUGCAGUAUCAGUAAUUAUCACUCCCUGAAAUCUAAGAGGAGAGCCUAACUCAGUUUGUGAGAGUAGGUCACACCUCUGAGCAAAACAGUAAUGUACCAAAAGGAAAUUAUUUCCUUGGCCUAAAUUGAUUGUGCUACACACUGUAGUAUCAGGUUUUUCAGCCCCCUCUUUUCCCUUCCUGCAAUCCUCUGUGGCUCUAAAAUAUGGUUUCUGUUUCUCUGGAGACACUCUGGCAAGAUUGUGUCCCUCUCACUUGUAUUCUUUAAAGCAGUGGUUCUCAACCUUCCUAAUGCCGCGACCCCUUAGUACAGUUUGUCAUGUUGUGGUGACUCCCAACCAUAACCCUAACUUUAUGAAUCGCCAUGUAAAUAAUGAUCUGCAGGAUGUAUUUUCAUUCACUGGAACAAAUUUGGCACAAAUACCCGGUAUGCCCAAAUUUGAAUACUGGGGCGUUGGCGGGGGGAUUGAUUUUGUCAUUUGGGAGUUGUAGUUGCUGGGAUUUACAGUUAACCUGCGAACAAAGAGCAUUCCGAACCCCACCAACAAUGGAAUUGAACCAAACUUGGCACACAGAACUCCCAUGACCAACAGAAAAUACUGGAAGGGUUUGGUGACCAUUGACCUUGAGUUUGGGAGUUGAAGUUCGCCUACAUCCAGAGAGCAUUAUAGACUCAAACAAUGAUGGAUCUGGACCAAACUUGGUACGGAUACUCAAUAUGCCCAAAUGUGAACACUGAUGGGGUUUGGGGAAAAUAGACUUAGACAUUUGGGAGUUGUACUUGCUGGGAUUUAUAGUUCACCUACAAUCAAGGAGCAUUCUGAAUCCCACCAAUGAUAAAAUUGGGCCAGAGUUCCCACACAGAACCCCCAUGACCAACAGAAAAUACUGUGUUUUCUGAUGGUCUUUGGCGACCCCUCUGACACACCUUCGUGACCCCCCCCCCGGGUCCCGGCCCCCAGGUUGAGAAACACUGCUUUAAAGUUACUUCCAUGAGCAACAAGAGCAUUGGAUACGACCUCUGGGUACAACUGUUAAACCUCCAUCCCAACUAUCUUCACAGACCUGAAAUUACCUAAAUGUCAGAGAGAUAAUAGAGUUCCCAUGUAACUUGUGUCUGCCACUGAUGGGUAACUUCUAGUUGAUAUUAAUUUAUGAUUCUGCUGUCAACAGUUAACUUUGCAGAGAUUCUUGUUUUCUACCAGAUGGUUUUUAGGACAGGCUCUGGUUACACUAGGAAGGUCUUCAAAUAAGCAGUUAGGACCACAGCAUUUUCCUGUUCAUCUACCACAGAAAAAAAAAUCCCUGCCAUUACUGCAGACAGCUGCAUUACUUUGCACAUGUAACACAAACAUUUGUGGCCAGUUCUGACAUUUUAUAGAUACAAUUAUAAAAGUUUCACUUAUACAUUCACACACCAACAUACAAUAUUUGUACAGAUGCGCUGUUUUACACAUAUAACAGAUGCUCUGUCCUUUGUAUAAUAAGCCUAUUUGCAAGAAAGCAAGUUUCUUCCAAACAUAUCCUAACAUCUGAAACAGGACUUGGCCAAACCCUUAUAUAUUGAAUAGAAAAUGCUAUUCUUUUUUCAGCCAGUAGUGCAUUACUAUAGGAAUAAAUUAAAAUGUAGUUCAGUUACUCCUUCACUGGAUAUAUAGAAUAACUGGACAUACCAAUGCAAUCUUUGUUAUGUAGAAAGCAAACUGAAGUAACAGCUAGGAUCCUCUCUCUGGAUCCGGGUCCUGGAGGGAUUGAGAACUUUCUGAACCAGAAACCUCAGAGAGGGCUGGAUGGGAGAGAAAGUUCCCAGUGGUCAAGAUGUAGAGCUAUGGUGAACUUCUGUAACCAUCACUACAAAAAUAUACUGCAUUUCUAGAUCUAGGCCAGAGCUUGUAUAUUGCCUCCUUUUUCUUGACAGUUGUAACAUUUAAUAUCACAUGUUCCCUAUAUGUUUUCAUACUUAGAGCACAUCUUGAUUACCUUGUAAAUUAAGGCAAAAGCUCUGGAAAAAUCGACAAAAGCAUGACACAUGAGAUGGUUAAAUCUAAGUUCAUUAUGCAAUUUAUAAUAACCACCAUUUUGAGUGAAUAUUCAGUAUUUUGCAUACUUCUAAAACAUCUGUAUAUUUCAGUAGGAAAAAAAAUGGCAGUGCUUAAUUGGAUAAGUAAUGUUGAUGCAGUUUAUAAAGAGUAUUUGUGUUCUUGAAUAGUUAAUUGGCUACUUUAUAUUAAGGAGACAGUCUGAUACAUACUGAAUUGUUUUAAGUACACAAUGUGGUGUAUUCAAUUUUUGGAAUAGCAUACAGUAGUACAUCCAGAAAAAAAAAACAUUCAGAUUCACCCAAACUAGUUUGUUUUAGUGGAAUACAAAGGAGGGUUGAUCUGAGGAGUAUUUCUGUAUAUUCUAUCAAUUAAUAACUUCCUGUUUGGAUUGUGGGACAGACACGUUUUGUCUAUUUUCAAUAGAAGGUAUUUGUUAUAAGUUGUUUGAAGCACUUUGGAUGAAAAAAUACCAGGUAAUAUAUAGUAUUGUAGCACUGGAAUUCAUGUUUGCAGUAAGCGGAUAAAUGUAACAUAAAAUUCUGCUUUUAUAGUUUCUAUCUUUUUUAUUUAAAAAAAAAAACCUUGCUGCUUGCUAAAAUUGUUGGGACAUUUCAAGAAAGUGAGGUAAAAAGAGAAUAUAGUUUCAUAGUACUUCUAGAGAUUUCCUGAGAGCCAGUUUGAACUCUGAGCAAAAUCGGUGUUGGGAGCAUAGGGACAGCUGAGACUCAAAUAAACACACUCCAGAUGGACCCAGGUAGUAAAGUUUAAAAUUACAAACUGCAUACCUGUUCUAGAGAUAAUGAGGGGUGGUAAAAAAUAAAAGCAUGUGUAAGAGCAACUCACCAUAGCCAUGUUCUGUUGUUAUGUGCCAGGUAUACUUCAAGGGAUGUGGGUAUAUUUAAGCCUUUCCCCAGUAUUGUCACAUUUCUCACAUGGAAAGCAACAUAUGUUAAGAGUAGUUUUUGUCCAGGCUCUUGAAGCAACCAAUACUUUACAACAGAUCUUGCUCAUGUGACUCACUUUUUUUUUUGACGGAAGGGAUGAUGGAGGGCUUGGGCAUUCCUGUGCCACAAAGCAUAACCACUAACCAUCUCUCUUUUUUUAAAAGAACCAUCAAUAACAAUAGCCAGACUUGCUCGCAUGUUCAUUAGAAAAACUGAUUGGGGUGCCAACACUGCAUAGUGCAUUUUUUCACAGCUUUUGCAGUAUUAUGCUGCUGUCAAAACUUCUGAUCUUACACACAACUGAUCAGGCUGCUGACUUAUUUCUAGAGAUUUUAUGUUGUAGUGUUUCGUACUACAGAAGUUUGCAUCAUGCAUAAAUGAACAUUGAUUUUUAAGCUCCUGCGACUAUUUGGAGAUGCGUACCAUAUUACACCAUCAAUUUCACAAAGCUGGCAUUUAAAUUGGUUGCCUAAUCAUGGAUUAAUGUUAUUAAACACAACACAGGUUACUUCCCUUUCAAUUUUUGCUGCUAUCUGUUGUUGUGGGGAAAUUGUCAUCUAUUGUCACUGUGCAAAGAGUUUCUUGUGUUCAAAGAUUGAAUGCUUCUGCUGUAUAUUUUGUUCUAUAGAAAAUUAUUAAAAAAACUCAUUGAA